AUGGAGAAGAACUAUAUGUCAAUGUCAAGGGAGGUGGAGAAGCUGAGGGCAGAGUUAACUAAUUCAACAAACAUUGACCCAAGAACAGGUGCGCCCUACAGUGCCCCUGCUGGAUACAAUGAAGGUCUUCCUGCGGGGAGCUAUCCAUCCGGUCAAAACGCCUAUGGUACAGUUCAGGUGUGCCGGAAAUUUGAAAGAAGGAAGUAUGAGAUUGCGAAGAAGUUGAACAUGGUCUUUUCUGCAGAAGGUGGAAAAUUUUCGAUGCCUUGCAGUUGCCCAAUCUAUGUGGUUGAAUUAUGCCAAAGAAAAUCCAAGAUCCUUCAGUUGUUGCUUGAUGGGAAAGAAGUUGGACCUCUGCUUUUGGAGCCCCCAGCUGGUAUUCGUUUAGCUAAGUCCCACUCUGAAGCAUUGAAGAAAUCUAAACAACCUGUGUUUGAUAUUGACUGUGAAGACACCAGUAAUGUUGCUUGGGUGACUCCAAUUCUUGCUGAUGAGCUCGAGGAAAGAGGCACUUCCAAGGCUGCAAAUUCUUCUAGAGUGAAAAAACGGAGUUCCACUUCACUCAAAUCUCAGGGCAAGGCUCGGAGACUUGUUAAAGAGCAUAUCAGCAAAAAGGAUGAAUUAUUGACUUCAAGCAUAUUGGUAGACCGUGAGGAGAGAAAAGCAUUAACCAGGAACAUACAGCAGCAUAUAUCUGCCUGUAUGAUAGUUCAGACUCUGAUAUGCACCGACAUUUACCCGAUAAAAGCGGUUCUAUUAGCAGGCAAGUGUCAUGACACUGAUGCCUUUGAUGACGUUGAAGAGGUCCGGCAUGCAAAUAAUGAAAAUCAGAAUACAAGUAUCCGUAGUGCUCCAUCUUUUCCACCUCAAACUUCAGAUAAAAAUCCUGAAGCUGAUUUUGUGGAUUCUAUUGAUGAUGCUGGUAAAAGAGUGGCCGCACCAAGUGAACUGUCAUGUGUUAUAUGCCGGACGGAGUUCAGUGCCACCCGUGGGGUAUGUCAUGUGGGCACCGAUUUUGUUUCCACUGUAUCCAGAACUAGGCAGAUCAUAUGGAGAUUUGCCAAAACGACGUGA